UAAUUUAUCCGUGGACGGAGUAAGUAAAUGAAAUUGAAAUUGUAAAAUGUGUUGAUUAUUAUUCCAAGUGAAGCUUGAUGCAGAUUCUGGCGUUUAAAAAGAAGUGCAGAUUCUGUUCUUGUAUUUUUACGCAGAAAUGAAAGAUUUCUAAGUAAAGCCAGCAGAAGCAGCUAAAUUUAAUUUUUGGUGAAAAUCAAUGACCAUUUUACACAGAAAAUAUAGACUUGCACAUUGUAUUGUGCUAUGGAGACGGGGAAAAAUUUCCUACCGAAUUCUUCUGCUUUUACGUAUUCCUCCUUGUUCGACAUCGCCGCCUUCAGAGUUUAGAUAUACAACUGACCUCUCCGCCUCACAGAUUGUUCACAAAAGCUAGGCUUUCGAUUUUACUGCAAAAUGAGUGCCGACGGUUACACAUUUUUGCAAAUACUUGACGCAGUUUCUUGUAUUAAUCAGCGAGUCAAUCUUAUCGGUGUAGCAACCGAGACCAGUCUUCCAAAACGUACUAAAGGAACCGAUUGUUUUUGCUCGGUAAGGAUCAUCGAUGAAUCGCAGCCAAGUGGGAUUUAUAUACAUUUUUUUGCUGAAACUAUGGAGGAGCUCCCUGCAAUUGAGUGUGUUGGAAAUAUAGUUCUGGUUUCUCAUGUUGUGAUAAAAACUAGGGCUGAGGGUGUUUAUGCUUUGUUUAACAAGAAAUUUUCAAGUUUUGCAUUAUUUGAAGGAAGGGGCUCUACCAUUAAGGAACUUGUACCUUAUCAAAUAUCAGCAAAAUAUAAACCUAGAGAGACAGACAAGAAUGCCAUAAUGAGGUUAAGGAAAUGUUCCUUUGGUGACAAAAUUGAAGCCUUGCAUGAGACACUGUUCCUGAGAGAGAUCAAAGAAGGCGAAUGCUUCAACUUGCUUUGCAAGAUUUUGCAUAUUGCUCAAGUCAAGGAAGAUGAGUGGAUGCUCUUUAUUUGGGAUGGAACAGACACACCUCCAGUUUCUGUUGAAGCGAAAUUAGAGGAAGAAAAGGAAAAUCCACUACCUUUAGCGCUGGAACCCUCUCCAUUAUCAAGAGACAUUCUAUGCACCUUUCCAGGUGUUGGAAGUGUAUUUGGGAUGGUUGUUGAUCGAGGCCGGGAGAAGCUUGGCAUUAAGUUUAUAAAAUCUAACAGAUGGGUGAAGUUUAUCAACAUAAGAUGUGAAUCUCAUGCUGCAUUGUGGCGUGCAGUGUUGACACCCUCCUCUAAGCUUUGCUAUUUGCCUGAUGAUGAUAAGAUUGUAAUGCUACGUCAAAGGAAUCAUGAGGAGCGCGUCCCUUUGAAAUGGGGAAGGAUGCCCUUCACAUGUUUUCCUUGGCCUUCUUCCAUAACAGAGACCGAUCAUCCUGAUGUGCCCUUUGUAACCUUGAUGGAUGUCCUCACUUAUCCUGAGGUGACAUAUAAAUUUAAGUGUGUAGUCCGGAUUGUUGCAUUAUUCCCAUGGAGGGUAGAGGACUUCCGUUCGCCUAGUGGAAUUUACAGAGUGAGGUUGACUCUGGAGGAUCCCACUGCAAGAAUACAUGCUUUUCUUUAUGCAGAGGAUGGGGAAAAGUUUUUUGAGAAGUGUGACUCUGUUGAUGCGCUAACAGAAAGGCGGAACAUGUUGCUUGGAUUAGAUAGAGAUCCGACGGCGGAGAACGUUACCAGAAAGCCACCAUGGAUACAGUGUUGCCUGAAGUCUUAUUAUAUCGACAGAGAUGAUAAUUGGGGAAGUAGGAAUUAUCGGAUCUUUGACACUACAUGUGUUGGCUGAUCAUGGUUUGUCGCUGAUGGAUCAAUAGGCUUUAGACAUACUUUUAAAAACUGUUGAGAUAUCGCUUGUUGUGGCUUUGAUUAGUUAUGGCUUUAUUUUAAUCAGUUAAUUGUGUGAAA